AGGGUAACCAGUUCAUGUAAACAUGGUCUUGAAGUUCUCGGAGAUCUCUGCCUUCCACCUGUAAAGCCACGAUGGGCUGACCUUACAGAUGCUGGUCCGGGCGUGGGAGUUUCCAACUACGAAGUUAGAUUUCGAGACGCCGAGUUAGCAAGGGUUUACAAUUCCGAUUAUAGAGUGCGAUGUCAUCGUUCGAGGGGCGACAGCGGGCAAGGUGAAGCCGAAAGGACAAACUCGGCAAUUUCUGAUGCUCUUGUGGAUGGCGCAACUCUAGAGUGGGAAAAAUAUAGGAGAUUUGAGGAUCUUUCAGAAGAGGAAAUCAAACAACUGUCUCUCCAGUCAUACGAAGAGUACGAAAAGAAACGGAUGGAGAAAAAUGCCUGGUAUGUCUGUAGUCAGGUAGCCGAGAGAAUUGAUGAUGCCCCUGUCCUUAAAGAUUACAUCAAGAGCAAAGUAAGCGAGUCCCCUGAUGAAUUAUUCUUUUUCAAUUCUGUUUACCUCGACAACUAUCGGGGUGCAUCAGAACGAAACAAAGAGCAAGCGCCCGGUGCAGCAUACUUCCGAAAGAUCGAAUCGUUUAUGGAAGACCACUAUAUUCGUGGAGAACUUUUUAUGGAAUUCUGUCGUGAUGCCCGUAAAGAGUCAAGAGAAGAAAGUUCCAAUCUCUGUUCCUGGUGUUCUAACAAUAGAUGGGUCGGUCCAGAAACGGAAAGAAUUCCGCAACCUGUACCAGAUUCAAACAAUCCUGGACAUUUCAUGGAUAUCUAUCAGACGGAAUCGACGGGCAGGACACCAGAUGAUUACCUUCCAAGAAAAUGUAUUAAAGAUCUGUACGAGGAACAUUCUGACAGUAUCAGAAACGAUCAGGAUACCAUGAAGAGCUUCUGCUCAAAAUAUAAUGUGGAAGAGAAGCACGUCAUUGCAUAUGUUAAUCAUUUGAAGGAUAUUGAGAUCCGAAAGGACAUCAGAACAAGAGCAGCUCAGGAGCGAAGAAGGCAAGAGGCCGAACGAACGUACAAGGACUUUCAAUGGGAUAACCUCAUCGAGGGUGGCAAAGUUGAAAAGUUGCGGGUAAGAGAACUAGACCUGUAUCUCAACAAGCAUGGUUUGACGACUGUGGGUCGGAAACUUGACAAAGUGAAGGCCAUUCGAUGUCACUAUUACCGACAGAAUAAAGCGACUGUGAUAACAGAAGAACUGUCGAGUGAUGAAGAUGACGUGGAAUCCGAGGAUGAAGAAUCCGAAAGUGGAGAGGCAGAGAGAAACGAUGACUAUGUUUUCGUGGAUUUGAAUGAACAGCCUGAGAUUGGCACUUCCUCGACAAUUCAGUUCGUAUCUGACGAGCAAAUAUUUACCGUUGUGGUUCAAGGUCCAUGA